AUGCUGCAUGAAUUAGCUAGCAUUGGAGAACUUGUUAUAAUACAUUGUAAGAGAGGUCGACUGGGUUUGCUUUCUUCCGCUCUGCUGAGUGCUGAGAGAAAUACCUGUGGAAAAAAAAACCAAACAAAAACAAAAACGAGAGAGAGAGAAUGUGUCCCUGCCGCUGCCGCUUGUCUCUGGUCAUCAACAGCACCCUUCUCCUCCUCCGUCUCUUUGAGAGGCACCCGUCUCAUCCCCAUUACCAAUGUCACCCCUCUUCUUCAGUCGGCGGCAACCUUUCCCUGCAUCGUUGCCAAGACCGUCACCCGCAAGAAGAACCGCGAUGCUCGCCAUCAGCGCGUGCGGAAGAAGGUAGAGGGUACACCGGAGAGGCCAAGGCUAUCCGUUUUCCGUUCCAACAAACACCUAUAUGUCCAAGUCAUUGAUGACACCAAGAUGCACACUCUUGCUUCUGCUUCAACGAUGCAGAAGCCUAUCUCUCAAGAAUUUGAUUACUCUUCUGCCCCCACCAUUGAAGUGGCAAAGAAGGUGGGUGAAGCCAUUGCAAAGUCUUGCUUGGAGAAAGGAAUCUCAAAGGUUGCCUCUGACAGAGGUGGUUACCCUUAUCAUGGCCGUAUAGAAGCCUUGGCUAACUCUGCACGAGAGAAUGGUCUUCAGUUCUGAACCCGGGAGAUGUUGAGAUGUGUAUGAAAUCAAUCAUCUUUGUAGCUCAUGUUUGAUCGUAGACAUCAGUAAUGAUUCUUGCUCAGGUUUCCUUCCAUAGACUGGAUAUGUUUUUUAUAUUUUUAUCCCAUGACCGAAGCCCUCUGGCUUGCGCCUUUGGAUCUGAACUUUAUUUUUGUUUUCUCCAAUGUCAAGAAGAUUUGCAGGUAUUAUAUCAGAUGAAUAAUCUAGUGUUGAAGGGACCUAAUCCUUUCUUGCUUUU